UCAACUCGGGAGCUGCUAGCCCGAUAUGACAUGUGAUGGUUUGGAGGAAAAUAAACGCGUUUUGUGAAAAAAACAAAAUGGAAAUUCACAUACUGCCAAGUUUGCUGGUGUUGUCUUUCAUAGCUACCGCUUUCGGCGAUGGUGGUGAGCUGGCGUUAGUUCAGGAGUUGUCUUCCAAGCCGGCCCAGAAGCUGUCUAGAUACGGUUGGUAUGGCAACAUCAGGCUGACCAUGUUCCGUAUCCCGGACGACACCGUCGCCGCCCGCUGGCUGUUCACUGUAACCAGGGGCAGCGGUUUCCACUGUGGAACACACAACGUCACCAUUUCCAUGAGUUGGGGAGCUCCUCCAGUCAUCGACCCAGUAGGACGGGUGUUUCCUAACAACACGGUGACAACAUCAGUCCUCUCACUCAUCCUUCCUGUGACAUCAUCACAAAGCAACAUGACCUUUAACCUCUCUAACCCCGCCCCCGGAGACUGGUACCUGGCGGCUCACCUGCCCCAAGACGAUGGACGCAUCGAACACAAGGGCUUCCCGUCCUGCUCCUACUACUUCCAGCCCCAGCUGUCAGUCAGGAGAGCAGUGGACACACCCAUCCUGCAGGCCACGCCCCUAACCCAGACCGCCUCCCCCGACAGACCUGCACUACUCAAGUAAGGAGCUAACCAAGCUAGUGGACAGAGAGAGGUCUGGGUUAACCCUAACCCUAACCCUAACCCACCAAGCUAGUGGACAGAGAGAGGUCUGGGUUCACUUCUAAAAUGACAUUUAUUGUCUGCCCAACCAUGUACUUAAACCAUGACUAGCUAUGAUGCCAAUAUUUAAUGAUAUAGCUCCCGUUUGGCUAAUGUCUCUUCUGUCAACCUUGAUCACGG